AUGGGUUCUCCAGGGUUAAGUUUGUUGCAUGCACUUCUUACUGUUCAUUUCCUCCGUGCAGCUCUAACAGCAGUGAUACAAACACAGCAGACUGUGCUGGCAGCAGUGGGAGAAGAUGCUGAAUUGAGCUGUCAGCUCUUGGAGACUAAAGACGUCCUUCAGGUCACAUGGCAGAAAAUUUCAAAUGAUGUGGAGACAAAUGUUGCCACAUACAGCAAGUACUUUGGUCAGAGAGUGAAUUAUGGCUUCACAGAUAAAGUUGAGUUUAAAUAUAUUGGACUACAGAACUGCUCCAUAGUUAUCAGAAAUGUGACAUAUGAAGAUGAAGCCUUCUAUCACUGUCUGUUUAACACUUAUCCUGAAGGAUCCUUCACAGGUAAACCCUGCCUCCAAGUCUAUGAGCUGCAUGAACCUGUUGUUGAUGUCAGAGAGUCAAACUCUAUUGAAGAGUGGGUUGUUUCCUGUUCAGCCACUGGUCGACCUGCUCCCACUGUAACACUCAGUGUCUCACAACAACACCUCAACUUCUCACAGUACAACACUGUCAGUGUGUCCAACACCAACGCUACAUUCACUGUCACCACUACAGCUGUGCUCUCAGGUUCACGUAACAACAGCACACAGGUGGGAUGUGCAGCACGAGUGCUCUCUGCUCCUCACAGAGAGGUGAUGGUGGCGAUUCCUGAGGUCCAACAGGCGCGUGCUGGGAAUGACGAUAAUGAUGAUGGUAAGAUGGUAAAGGAAGAUUUUACUUGGAUCAUUGUGUUGGGUGCAGUGAUCUGUGUUUGUGUUGUUGCUGUUGUCACUAUUCUUACAAACAGGAAAAAGCUGCUCUAA